AUGAGAUUGUUUAGAAUGUACAGACCGUGUUUUGAUAGAUUGCAUGAGACUCUUGUGCAAAAUUAUGGUUUGACGUCAACAAGGAACAUGAGCUCAGAGGAGUGCUUGGGUAUGUUCUUGUGGAUAGUUGGUGGUCCUCAAUCCGUUAGCCAAGUGGAGAAUCGGUUCAAGCGGUCAAUCGAGGUAAUACACAGGAAAUUCAACCAUGUCCUAGAGUGCUUGAACAAGAUGGUUGUAGAUACUAUUAAGCCAAAAGAUCCGGACUUCAGAGAUGUGCAUGAAAGGCUUCGAGAUUCUAGAUUUUCUCCUCACUUUGAUGAUUGCAUUGGUGCAAUUGAUGGGUCUCAUAUCCCUGUGGUUGUUCCAGCUGAUGGGAUAGUGAACCAUGUUGGUCGGCAUGGGUAUCCAACACAGAAUAUCAUGGCAGUGUGCGACUUUGAUAUGAGAUUCACCUCUGUAGUUGCGGGAUGGCCAGGUUCGGCACAUGACACAAGGAUAUUUAAGGACACUUUGGUGAAGUAUGCAGCCAAGUUUCCACACCCGCCGAAAGGUAGGUACUAUCUUGUUGAUUCGGGUUAUCCAAAUUGUGAGGGGUAUCUAGCUCCAUACAAGUCGACAAAAUACCAUGUGCCAGAAUUUAUCCAUGGUGACCCCCCCCCCCCAAUGACUGCUUCUGAUUCCAUAAAUCAAGAAUCACAGCUGAUUCUCAGGAAUCAGGAUUGA